UCUCCUCCCUAACUUAUUUAAUAAAAGCCUCGUAGUAUAGCUAAAUAAGUAAAUAUAAAUAUUUGUUUACAUUGAAAUUAAACAAUACAAUAUUAACUGAGACUUUGUAUAAGAGUGUUGUCUUUUUUUCAAACGCUUAAGUUAUACAAAUUAAGCACGUGUAAGUGGAAUAACAGUAAUUAAAGGACUUAUUUAGUCAAAUAUGCCCGCUAUAAACUCCGUAUUCAUUAAGGUAUAUAACCAGAAACCCGUAUACAGACCUGGGGAUGAGCUUAAGGGUGAAUGGACAGUAGAUAUAGGAGAGCCAAUCAGUGUGAAAAACGUCAGCGUAUCCUUCCGCGGGGCUACACUCACUCGCUGGGCAAAUACCGAAUCAAAAGCAGACGACAAUAUUGGGUUUGAAGACAUCACUACGCAAGAAAAAAUUGUAUUUCCUACCAGCAACAGAACCGGAGAAACUGUGGAAUAUCCCGCUGGGAAAUAUGUUUACAAAUUUAGUUUCAAGGUUCCAACUGGAAUGCUUCCCUCUACAUACGAGGGUAAAUAUGGAGCAAUCAGAUAUUGGCUAGCGUUUGACAUAGAGAGACCAGUGUUGAGGUCACAUGUAAGACGCCUGAAAGUUAUAACAGUACUAGAUGAAAUAGAUGUCAACAUUCCGGAAUAUUCCAAAUAUGUAGGAAGAAAAACAGAGAAAGUAGUAACUAAGACGCUUGGGUUUGGCAAUCAAGGGGUCGUAACUCUGUUUGCACAAACAGACAGAGGUGCUUAUUGUUCUGGAGAGAAAAUCUACAUCAAAUACAUAGCAGAGAACAAGAGUGACAAAGACUUGGGUAUGGUCCGGAUGGAACUAAUGCAGAAGGUUAAAUUCAGAGCGAGCGGCGAGGAGAAAUAUAAAUAUCAAUGUCUGACCAAAACUUUUGUAGGGGAAAUGAAAAAGGGUGUUAAACUGACAUCGUUAAAUGAUAAACUUUUCCUGACAGUUCCGGCAGUGCCACCGUCUACACGUCAGAGGUCUAGUCAUGUGAUCAAUGUCCAGUACUAUGUCAAGGUUAUCAUAGAUAUCCCGAAGUUAAACGGCGGAGACUCAAUGGUCAUUCUUCCAAUUACCAUAGGAACCAUUCCACAAGGUCACAAAGCUGUACCGGAGGAGAAUGCUUCUGGGGCAAGCAAUAUACAAGUGAUAGAUGCGAGGUCUGCUAUCACUUAUAGCCAGUGUGUUGAUGGAUAUGAAGAUGGUCCCACAGUAUGGUCAAAAGAUUUCAGUUUCCCAAGGUUUGCUUACGUUCCAUUUUGUACAUAUGUUCCCGAUUUCAAACGACCAGUCGUAAAGAAAACCGUUGGUAAUAAAGCAGUCACAAAGCCGUCCAAUCCAGUGAAAGGAAACACAGCUGGUGAGAAUAAACUUCAAAACAAGUCUGUGAGCCCAGCAGUUGAGAAUGUUCCACGUCUACAACCAUCAGCGCCCCCUUGCGGAUUGCAUCCGCCAUCAUACGAGGAUGUAUUGAGAGAAAUGGAAGGGUACCCGGAGCAGAUGCCUGAUGAAAACACCGGAAGUCAGGAACAACUUGCAGGUACAAAUGAAAGCGAAGCAGAAGAUAGUCAGGAAAAUAUUCCUGGAAAUUUCGACCAUCAGGCUAUUAUGAUUAUUAGAUUUUCUGACGUAUGUCUUAAAGAAUUCAGAACAAACCUUAAACAAAAUAGGGACAUGCUGGUUGAGAAUGGUGGAGAACUUAUUGCUCUUGCUCCUCAGGUCAUAGUCACCAAAGGCACAUGGCCAGCCCAUACGUCUAUAGCAGUUUUAAUGUUUAAAACAUACGAUAGUGGUGCAGAAUGGUUCAAGGGUUUCAAGAAAUGCUGCGAUGCAUCGGGUGUAGAUAUUUUAGACUGUGACAUGAUAAAGGCAUCCGACGAGGAUUUUCAAAAUGAGAAAAAUGUGUUCUCAAUGUCUAUUGUAAAAGUUCAAGGAGAUUUUAAGAGUGAAGAGUUCAAAAAUGUUGCAAAAAAAGUAAAAGAUGUCAUUAAACCGGCAAGAUUUGAAAUCGGCGGAAGGUUGAUAAGUACCGGAAAGGUAGUGAAAAACCUGACUGAGAAAACAAUAUCGGGAAGCAGUUUUGUCUCAAUAUUGCAGUGGGAUUCUGUACAACAAAACAGCGAGUACAGAGCCGCACUUUUAGAAAAAUACAAAGACAUAAUUGAUUCUCUUAGGAAAUUUUAUUCGACUGAAAUUCUGGUGCUAUUCCAAACUGAGAACACGUGUUACAUGCAGCACGAGACAGGUGAUGUCAGCUACUAAUUCUCGUUUAAUUGGUACAUUAAUAGGAUAAACACAGGGCAAUUAAAUGAAAACAUAUUACCUAUGUAAGGACGUACAAAUUAGGAGUGUGAAUAUCUUGUUAUAACUUAUAAAGUACGUAAAUGAUUAUAAUAAAAUUGUAGACACACGUCCUAUGUAUUCGUUUUAUUAUACAAUAUUAAAAUUAAAAUUGUGGAAUGAA